AUGUCAUUUACGCAAAUCACCAACGGAAAUUUCAACCUUCUCAUAAUACCCCUCCCAAUGACCUCCAACUUUAUACCAACACAUGACAAACAAGCUGGGUCCCAGCUUGACGAAGCGAUAGUAGAGGAUCAUUCAGUCUCCCCAACGCUACCGGAGAUACCUAAUCCUGACCUCAAGCUUGAUUUCUCGGAUAUUAUCGGCCCAUCGAGUGCCGAAGAAGAAAAGGUUCAGAAACGCGCGUCGAAUGUCCUAAAGCUGGCAGAGAAAAAUGAGAAGCUCAAGGCUGAGCUGAAAGCUAUGACGGAUAGGAUCGAGGCAGCGGAGCGUAGGAAGAUACAGCUCACGGAGCAGAAAUUGGCGGAGGAGCUAUCACAAGAAAGCUAG